AUGACAUUCGGCCGCUUUUUUUCAGAUUCUGCAGACGUUGGCAGACGAGAAGACGCAGAGAUGGAGGCUCCUCGGGACGAAGCAUCAGUUCUACCAGUUGGGGUGAAUGCGUUGUUGACGUUGGCCGCAGACUCGCUCGUUAUUCAAGGCGUUGCGCGGACGACACGAUCUAUUCCUUUCUUCAAUAUCCUUUGGGCAGACAUAUCGAACAACCAUCUCAAUAUCAAGUACGCCAACCCACGGAAUAAGCAAGAUGUUGGCCUGGCCACGGUUUGCUACAGUAUCGAACGCACGCAACUGUCUAAAGCCGAAGCAUGGGUCUCCUCGCUACUGGACCUGGCAUACGGAGAAGCACAGAAAAAGAAGCGAAUAAAAGUGCUAGUGAACCCUUUUGGCGGAAAAGGAAACGCGUCCAAGAUCUACUAUAAGGAAGUCGAGCCGAUAUUUGAAGCAGCCAACUGUGUUAUUGAGACACAGAUCACCGAGUACUCUGGCCAUGCCGUGGAGAUUGCCGAAAAGAUCGAUGUUAACGCAUGGGACGUCAUUGCGGCUGCUUCCGGAGACGGCGUGAUCUUCGAGAUAUUCAACGGUCUAGGCAAAAAGGAGAAUGCUGGAGAGGCCCUUGCGAAGUUGGCCGUUGCACACAUUCCCUGCGGCUCUGGCAACGCCAUGAGCAGGAACCUCAACGGCACGGCAGGGCCGAGCAUGGCUGCCCUUUGCAUCAUAAAGGGCCUGCGCACUCCCCUAGACCUUGUAUCGAUCAGCCACGGGCAGCGUCGAACCCUCUCUUUCCUCUCCCAAGCAUUCGGCAUCAUAGCAGACUCUGAUCUCGGUACUGACAACCUUCGGUGGAUGGGGCCUGCUCGUUUCACAUUCGGAUUCUUGGUAAGGUUGUUCGGCAACACGGUAUAUCCAUGCGAUGUGGCACUCAAGGUUGAAAUCGACGACAAGAAACGCAUCAAAGAGCACUACAAUGCCGUUGUGCAGAACAAAUCAGAUGCAGAGCCACGCGAAGAGAUCCCAGAGUCAGGAGGUCUGCCACCUUUAAAAUACGGUCUCGCAACAGAUCCCAUCCCAGACGAUUGGAUGAGAAUCUCUCACGAUAAGCUCGGCAACUUCUAUUCAGGGAACAUGGCAUUCAUGGCUCAGGACGCAAACUUCUUCCCUGCCUCGCUUCCAAACGAUGGGUUCUUAGACGUCAUUAUGAUUAGGGGAGAUAUCAGCCGAUUCACUGCCGUGCAAAUGCUGGGCUCCUUGGAAGAUGGAGAACUUUUCGACUUGCCUGAUGUGCAUGCGCUAAAAAUAUCAGCAUUCAGGAUCACUCCCAGGAACCAGGAAGAUGGCUACAUCAGCAUUGAUGGCGAGCAGAUCCCUUACGAACCAUUCCAGGCUGAGGUUCAUAAGGGCCUCGGCACAGUCAUCUCCCGGUCAGGCUUGAAGUAUGAAACCGGCAAGGGAUCUUAG